AUAUAGCAAGCAUGUCAGAUGCGUACUGAGGCUACCUUGUGUGGAAGAUUCUAUUUGUUUGGGUUUUGUUGGUGCUGCCAGACUCUACUCUGCAAUCCCUAGUGCUUGCUAGGUUUAUUUGCUUCCUACUCCUCCUAUUGCAACAGGUGGUAAUUGUUGGUAGUAGGCUUAGGACAGAUUUUGUAACAGAAAACUGUACCUUUUUAACUUGCCCUCAUCUAGCUUGGCUUGCUGUGUUACGUUUCUUGAAUGGGAAGGUGCUGUUUGUGGGUUGGGGUUUUUCUUAUGCAUACUUAGGAGUUGUAGCCUACUUGUAAUUAUCUGUUUUGUGGCUGGUUUAAUGCAUUUCACUCUCAUGGUGGCUGCUCUCAUUGGAGCAACCUCACUGAAGAGGAUUAUGGACUUGGGUUUUUCAAGUGACUAAUUCAGAAUUGUAACAAACGUAGCCAGAUCAUUUGUGUGGGCUUCCUAUGGACAACUGCAUGUUCCACCAUCCCCUUGUGGUUUGCUGCCAGCAGGCUUCCACAUUGAGCUUUAGCAGUCUAGCCUCUGGUUGAUUGAAUUUCAGUUCACAUGGUUAAUCAUCGUUGCAUCACUGCACUGCAGCGCUGUAUUUGCGUGGAUUGCAGUGUUAAACAGAAGGAGGUCAGUCCUGUUGAAACAAAGAGCUGGACAUCAUGCUGUUUCUGAGCUCUGCUCUGUUGGAGUUGAUGUAUCAUAUGAGCAGUUGCUGAACUUCUGCAUCUCUUGCUGUGUCUCCUCUCCCCCUCUUAAACAUACAGUGGAGUUGUUGAAGCUUUAUUGGUUUUGGAAAAUAUUACAAUAUUUUUAAUAAUAAGUAAGAUAUAUCAGAGAGAUGAUAAUACUGCAGCAUACUUGGUAAAAGAGUGAUGGCGUUCUCCACAGAUAGUGGUUAAGACCCCAGGAAUUAUGCUUAGUGACUCAUAUGUGGAGAAUAUUAGUGACAGCUGCAGAAUAAAAAGCAAAAGCUCUAGUCUUUUAAAGAUGGGCACUUGCAAACUGCACAGAAAGUAAGAUAUAUAUAAUAAUGAAAGUGUUUAAUUUAUUAAGUACUUAACAUGGUUUGUUUUUUUAUAUAAACAUAGUAAUGAAAUGGAUAUCUUAUUUGAUAAUUAAUGUAAGCACUUCAAAGGUUCACACAGCUUUUUUUCAUUGACUCUUUAUUUGGACUUGGGGAGAGUUGUACUGGCAGUUAUGGUAGCUCACUGACUGCAGUGAUGCCAUGCUGUUUCUGAGGAAAUGAGAUGGCCACAUGCUGCAAUGACAAGUACUGCUAAGUAAUUCUCUUUAUGUCACUCAUAUGUAUGUCAUUCUUGCAGUUCUCACAAUUACAAAUUUCACAGAUAGAUUCUUCGUCUGCUUGUCUAGCAUAUUUAACUACUAAUAUGCUCCCAGCUAAGUUUCUUUUAGAUAUCAAGACAAGGAUAACUGCUGGGAGCUUUUUACAUCUGAGUUGUUUUUAGCAUAACAGAAUGCACUACAAAGAACAUGCCCUGUCUUCUAGCUUUGCCUUAAGACACCAGUUAUGGAGACCAUGUUCCUCUCAAUUUCAUCUUUCAAAAACACACCUAACAUUUCCCUACAUUGUAUGUUUUUUGACCUCUUUCCUUAACUCUUGGAAUCAGAGCUCAGUCACCAUGUGUGAGCUUUUUCUCCUGACUCAUUGAAGUGUUGCAACUGUACUUGAGAAAUCUUCAGAAAACUAAACUUUACUUACAAAAACUGUCAAAACUUUUUUUAAGAAAACCAAGUGGAACUAUUGUGUUGGGUUUGCAUGGCAAGGUUUUGGUAGCGGGAGAGGGGGGGAUCUACAGCUGUGAGAAGCUGCUAGAAGCUUCCCCUGUGUCUGAUAGAGCCAAUGCCAGCCAAGACAGACCUGCUGCUGGCCAAGGCCAAGCCAAUCGGUGCCUCUGUGAUAACAUAUUUAAGAAGAAAAAAAAACAGAGAGAGCUUUUGCAGCUGGAGAGAGGAGUGAGAAGAUGUAAGAAACUCUGCAGACACCAAGGUCAGUGCAGAAGGAGGGGCAGGAGGUGCUCCAGGCGCCGGAGCAGAGAUCCCCCUGCAGCCCGUGGUGAAGGCCAUGGUGAAGCAGGCUGUCCCCCUGCAGCCCAUGGAGGAAGGAUGAGGGGGUGUAGAGAUUCCACCUGCAGCCCGUGGAGGACCCCACGCCGGAGCAGGUGGAGGCACCUGAAGGAGGCUGUGGCCCGUGGGAAGCCCACGCUGGAGCAAGUUCCAGGCUGGACCGGUGGACCCAUGGAGAGAGGAGCCCACGCCAGGGCAGGUUUGCUGACAGGACUUGUGACCCCAUGGGGGACCCACGCUGGAGCAGUCUGCUCCUGAAGGUCUGCACCCCGUGGGAGAAUCCCACGCUGGAGAAGUUCGUGAAGGACUGUAGCCUGUGGGAGAGACUCAUGUUGGAGAAGCUCGUAAAGGACUGUCUCCCAUGAGAGGGACUCCAUGCUGGAGCAGGGGAACGAUGAGAGGAGUCCUCCCCCUGAGGAUGAAGAAGCGGCAGAAACAACAGAUGGUGCGCUGAGUCAUAUCCAUGAGAGGCUUCUGUACCACUCCAAAGCAAGAAUACAUUAAAGAAUAAUAGGUGUGAAGGUACACCAGUGUUUUCCUGGCUAGAAAGCUAACCCACGAGUGAAUGCAUUGAAGAUCUCUAGACUUGGUGGGACAAGUAUCUCUACCUCCAAUUUUAUGAAUACUGCUAGCUAUGGCUGUGGAACUCUGUUUGCUGCUGCUGCUGUUUUGUGGAAGUACUAUUUCAGAGGUACAGCGUAUAUACAAACCGCCUCCUGGGACUUUGGAUUUUGGAUUUGUACCAGCCAAGACGUAUGAUACAGGUGCAUACCAUGAACCUGGGCCAAUAGGAAUUUUGUUUAAAAUAGUACAUGCAUUUCUGUACUUAGUGCAGCCAAAUUCUUUUCCUCAAGAUCUCAUCAGAAAAUUAGCACAGCAGAAGUUUGGAAAUACACAGGGCGAUUAUCAAAAGCCAGAAAAUGUUGUCCUCACUCUUCAGGCCAUCUACUAUGAAAUCGGUUUUAUAGUCUCCGCAACCUUGGGAUUGCUAUUUAUUUUGUUACUGCCUCUUGUGGGACUUUGCUUCUGUAUGUGUCGUUGCUGUGACAACUGUGGUGGGGAAAUGCAUCAAAGACAGAAGAAAAAUGCUGACUGUCAGAGGAGCUGUUUUGCAACAUUUCUUUUUGUUGCUUCUUUAAUAAUAAGUGUUGGAGUGCUCUGUGCGUAUGGUGCCAACCAGCAUUUAACUAACCAAGUCCGAGGAGCAAAGAAACUGGUUAACAGUAAUUUUAAAGAUCUGAAAAUUUUCCUUAACGACACUCCAGCGCAAAUCAACUACUUGGUGAGCCAGUACAACACGACUAAGGAUAAAGCACUCUCUGACCUAAAUAAUGUUGGACCUUUGCUUGGAAGUAGAGUUCAAGAACAACUGGGAAAAGAAGUACGUCCUGCACUUGAUGCAGCUCUGACAAUGGCAGGAGCCAUCAGAGAAACAAAGGAAGCACUGGAAAAUGUGAGUGUGUCUGUAGAGGUUUUGCAGGAGGGAACAGAGAGGCUUCAUGCAAACUUGACAGAUGUUAAAAUGCACCUAAGCAACACCCUCAAUGAUUCUGCAUGCUCUGCGGCUCAGGCUGCCUCAACUUGCAAUAUCAUCAGGAAUUCAUUAAAUCAACUGAACAUCAAUGCCAAUUUUAGUGGGUUGCCAGGAGUGAGCUCACAGCUUGCGAAGGUCAAUGAUGUCCUUAAAACAGACCUAUCUAGUCUGGUUCAAAAGGGUUAUGCAGCAUUUAACGAUACUCCAGACUUAGUGGUGAAUCAAACUAAGAACAUUUUAUCAGAUAUCAAAAAUGUGCUGGAAUCCAUUGGUUCAAAUAUCACUACCUUCACAAAAACACUCCCUGUUCAGAAGAUUUUAGCAGAUUUGACGAUCUAUCUUACACAGAGUGAAGCUUAUGUUCAAGAUUAUUUUCCAAUAGUUGAGCAGUACGAUUUCUACAGGUGGCUGGGUUGUCUCAUUUUGUGCUGCAUGGUGGUCCUGAUUCUGGUUUUUUACUAUCUUGGAUUGCUAUGUGGCACCUGUGGUUAUGAUAAACAUGCUUCUCCAACAACCAGAGGCUGCAUCUCCAACACCGGAGGAAACUUUCUUAUGGCUGGUGUUGGAUUCAGUUUUCUUUUCUCGUGGGUGCUGAUGAUUGUAGUGGUACUCACCUUUAUCACAGGUGGAAAUGUAGAAAAACUGGUCUGUGAGCCCUUUGAAGAUAGAACUUUAUUCAAGGUUUUGGAUACUCCCUACUUACUAAAUCAACACUGGAAAAACUAUCUCUCCGGCAUCCUGUUUAAAAAUCCAAAUAUUAACUUGACAUUUGAAAAAGUGUACAGUGAUUGCAAGGAAAACAAAGGAAUUUAUACUUCACUUCACCUAGAACACCUGUUCAAUAUCAAUGAAUUUCUAAAUAUUAGUAUGUAUACAGAAGAUGUAGCACUUAAGAUUGAACAUAUUCAGAUAAACCUCAGCAAAAUCAUUCUGCUGGAUGAAAUUGGGAAGGAGAAUCUUCUAAAUUUCAGCUCUUCAGGAAUAGAAGGGAUAAACUUUGCAGCAUAUUUGACAGAGAUCAAUAAAAGUGUUACCAAGGUUGAUCUUCUGUCAUUUGCUAAUGACUUAGAAGCAAGAGCAGACCAACUGCCAAAAGGAGCACUGGAAAAUGCCUUAAAAGGACACGCGAACAACAUUCGAAUGAUUCAUAACCAGCAAGUCGUUCCACUAGAGCAAGCUAUGAGCACUUUAAAUCAUAGCAUUAGGUUACUGAAGAGGACAUCAUCUGAACUUAUGGUUAAGGUGAAAAAUGUCAUUAGCGCUGUUAAUGCUGCCCAGCUUCUCAUAAAUAACAACGCUUCUCUAGUUAUUGUCCAGGAGACAAAAAAGUACAUGGAUACCAUAGUUGGCUACUUUGAGCAAUACAUUGAGUGGGUCAAGGAGUCGAUUGCCAUGGAGGUAGCAGCAUGCAAGCCUAUUGCCAAUGUGAUAGAUACAGCAGUAGAUAUUUUUUUAUGCAGCUAUAUAACUGAUUCUGUGAAUACCUUCUGGUUUGGUUUGGGAGGCUCUUCAAUAUUUUUAAUUCCUGCCAUAAUUUUUGCUGUAAAACUCUCCAAAUACUAUCGUAGAAUGGAUACAGAGGAUGUAUAUGAUGAUGUCGAAAGUAUACCCAUGAAAACUACAGAAAAUGGUAAUAAUGGUUAUCAUAAAGAGCAUUUAUAUGGUAUACACAAUCCUGUUUUUACAAGCUCUGUGGAACAGUGGUAACACAUACUGGAAACAUUCAGGGGCUAUAUAAAUGAGGCGCAAGAUUCUUCUACGGGAAUAUAUCGUUAUUCUUCCAAGUGUAUUGGCAUUUGUAUUCAUCUUCCAAAUCCUGAGCCACUUGCUUUAUGUCACCCGUACUGUAAAUCCCAAAUGUUCUAUUGAAUGUUAUGCCAUAAACUACUGUACAGAAUAUUUUUGCGAUCAGGGCACUGCCUCUUCAAAUACCACUGUUCAAGGCUUGAAUUCAAAUGGGUUUUUUUUGGUUUUUUACUUUUUUUACACUGGGCUUUCUACCUUACAUUGCAGUAUAUAAAUUAAUUAGAUUAACAGCCUUUGACUAGCAAUCCUCUGACAAUUGGUCAAGUUCUUAUCUUAAACUGUUGAUUUGUGUUAAAUACAGUACAUACACGUUUACAUAAAAAUACAUUUUGUAUACAGAGACUUUUGUAUAUACAUUUUUCUUAAAACUUCUAAGUGUUUAGUUAAGAUUUUAAUAUUGUAUAAUACUCUUCGCAAAUGAAUUUACCAGCAUGAUCAGUGUUGCUAUUUGGUGCUCUUGAAUGACCACUUUGGACUAAAUUUAAAGUGUAAUGGGAUCCACAGUGUCUCCUUGUGUCUCUGAAAAGUUCAGUUGCAGUUUUGUUUUCUCCCUCUUGUUUUAAUUUAAUAUUUUGUGGGUUUUGCAGUAUAGACUUAAAAGGGACUUUUUGAAGAAGUUUGUUUUGAAACUCUUUGGGUGGGAGGGUUGGGAGUGUGCGUGAUGCGUAAUAUAGCGAAAAAGCUAAGCUUUCUAGAGUUUAAUAGUACUCAAAAAGAGCAUGAGAGACGUCAUAAGUUGGUGAUUUUAGAAUGCUUUACAUUCUCUGUCUCCCUCUUCCUCAUUCACACUCACUUCUGUAAUGUCCUUAACAGUAUCACUGUUAAGCUGUGGCUCUUUCAGGGGGCAGUGAUACUAUUUUUGCUAAAUGAUUUCAAAAUAUGAUUUCCAAUAUUGAAAUUCAAAUGUGUUUAGCAAUUGGAGAUAACCUUUGUACUAUUAGAUGUUAUUGCCUUGAAUUUAGGCAUACAGUUGCAUUGCUGAAUUAGUUAACAGCAGAAUUUGCAUCAACAAGGCCAAAAGUAUCUGUUACUAGUUUAAAACAUUUCAGCAGGUGAAGUAAUUGGGUAUAUUGACCUAAAAUAGUGUCUCUUCAUAUAUCAGUAUUGUUAACUUUGUUUCCAACAAGGUUCAUUGGCUUGAAGUAGGGAAAAUCCUGUAAAUAAUUCAUGUAAUUUUAAAGAAAUGCUGAAAAGUGAUACCAGUCUUUAAUCUGGAAUAACCUUAAAUUUUUCAUUUUUAGGUCACAAAUAGAAACAUUUCUAAUUAACAGUAUGUAGCAUAUGUGUAUAUGUAAUGUUCAGAACUGCAGAUUUUUAAAAGUUUCUAUUUUUAAUUUGAGAAAAUGUUCCCAGUUCAUUUAAAUAAAAAAGUACUUGCUUAACUA